AUGCCCUCUUCUAAACCCAUUUUUCAUUUUGCCAUUCUUUUGCUUCUUCUGAAUGCAAGCACUGUAUUGUGCCACACUAAAGGUAUGAAACCCAAGAGAAAUUCUGGGAAGCAAUUAUCAGUGAAUAUGACACAAGUUGAGUACUCAGAACAACAAUUCAUGAAGUGGGUUAAUUUUGUUGGUAGCUUAAAGCAUACCCUUUUCAAGACUGCCAAAAAUAAAAUCUUCCCUUCUUACUCACUUACUGUUGAUAAAAAUCCAGCACUUGGAGAUUUUACAUCAAUUCAGGAUGCCAUUGAUUCUCUUCCAACGGUCAAUCUUGUGAGAGUUUUGAUCAAGGUUCAUGCAGGAGUUUACACGGAGAAGGUAAAUAUACCACCAUUCAAAUCAUUUAUAACAAUUGAAGGUGCAGGAGCAGACAAAACAAUUGUUCAAUGGGGUGAUACAGCUCAAACACCAGGGCCAAAUGGUCACCCUCUUGGCACAUAUGGUUCUGCAACUUUUGCUGUCAAUUCUCCCUACUUCAUAGCCAAGAAUAUUACUUUCAUGAAUACAACGCCAGUGCCAGCAGCAGGAGCUAUUGGAAAGCAAGCAGUGGCAUUUAGAAUAUCAGCAGACACAGCAGCAUUUGUAAGUUGUAAGUUCUUGGGUGCACAGGACACUCUUUAUGAUCAUUUGGGUAGGCAUUAUUACAAAGAUUGCUAUAUUGAGGGCUCUGUGGACUUCAUCUUUGGCAAUGGCCUCUCCUUGUUUGAGAAUUGUCAGGUGCAUGCAAUAGCACCAGUAAUAGGGGCAGUGACAGCACAAGGACGAAGCAGUAUAUUAGAUGACACUGGGUUCUCAUUUGUGAACUGUAAGGUCACGGGUUCAGGGGCUUUAUACCUUGGAAGGGCAUGGGGCCCUUUUUCAAGAGUGGUAUUUGCUUAUACUUACAUGGACAACAUCAUAAUUCCAAAGGGUUGGUAUAACUGGGGUGAUCCCUCUAGAGAAAUGACUGUGUUUUAUGGGCAGUACAAAUGCACUGGACCUGGGGCUAGUUUUGCAGGAAGAGUGUCAUGGUCAAGAGAACUUACAUAUGAAGAAGCUAAGCCUUUUAUUUCACUUAGCUUUAUUGAUGGCUCUGAAUGGAUCAAAUUAUGA